GGGAACAUCGAGUUCCUUAUUGAGAAAACCUCGUCACACACAAAAAGAGUGACAGAUUAGAACAAACACCAUGGCUCUCCUAUCUUACUCGUUGCCAUCCAUCCUUCUAAUUGUCGCAACGUCCUUGCAUGCAACAAACGCUGUGGAAUAUGUUGUCUCCAACACCGUCCCAAACACCGAAGGUGGCGCCAUCUUCAGGGACAAGCUCGGGCAGGAUUACGCCCGCCAGACGAUGGCCUCUGCAUCGGAGUUCAUCUGGCAGACCCUCCGACAGCCCAACGAGGCCGACCGCAAGCCCAUAGCCAGGGUGACCCUCGUGGUGGAAAAUUUCGAGGGUAUCGCAUAUACCAUCAAUAGUAGUGAGAUUCAUGUCAGCGCUAAUUCCUAUAUCCGGAAUAUCAAGGGCGAUAUCAAGACUGAUUUUAAUGGUGUACUGUACCACGAGAUGACCCACGUAUGGCAGUGGGACGGCAAGAGGCAGGGGCAUGCCCCGAAUGUGACAGAAGGGGUGGCGGAUUUUGUGAGGUUGAGGGCGAACUAUGCCCCCCCAACCUGGCCGCCUCGAGGGUCUGGCCAGUUCUGGCACGAAGGGUAUGCGGUGACAGCCUAUUUCUUGGACUACUGCGAAGGCCUCAAGAACGGUUUCGUGGCCGACCUCAACAUGAAGAUGAAGGACGGAUACAAUGACUCGUUCUUUAUGGAGUUGCUGGGAAAGCCGGUCGAUCAGCUCUGGAGCGAGUACAAGGCUCGGUAUGGAAAUUGAAGCUACUCACAGCAACAAGUGUCUUUGGUAGUAUUGUUACCUCUAAGACCACGCAAUUGAUCGGAUAACAGACAUACUUACAAUAAGAUUGUAUAUCUGAUCAAUAUAGAAAAGAAAUAGGUAUCUUAUAUUGCUAAUAAGUGGAGAAAGAGUGUAGUACAGUGGCUAACACUCUCACCUGGUAAUCUAGAAGUUCCAUAUUUGAUUCUUAUCAGUGGGACUACAUGUGCCCCUUUAUUUAGAUAUCCUUUCCGUUUCCUUAUAUUAUGUCAUGAGCUUCCUAUUGUAACCGAAAAAAAAUAUUGCUAAUAAGUGAAGCAGCGCGUUUAUGGUAUCACCAA